AUUACCCAUGAUUCGUCAUUCGCGGUUGAACAUUGUGGAAUUAGCCUCCAGAGAGCGUUGCUGUUCCUGAUCCAGUUUGCCGUUUUUCGUAAGGGAAGCGCACAGAUGGCGCCACAGUAGUGCUGUUGGUUGCUCAGCUGUUUUGAAGAAUCGACGCAGCCUGGCAGUGAUUACCCGUGACUCGGCGUGAGAUCGCUGCUCUCACGUCCAAACCCCAAACAGAUGUGGAGUGACUGUCCAAAUUUCUGACACAUCUCGGCCACGAAAACGAGGAUCGUCGUUUUUUCCCGUUAUUGUCGAGUAACCGAGAAUCGAGUUGUGUCGAGCAGAAGAACGGGCCAAGAGGAAGAAAGCAUAACAGAGAAGAUCUACUCCGAUCGCCAUGAGCGAACUCAGCCAGGAGGAGAUGAGAAGAAGGCGAUUAGCCAGGCUUGCAGGCUUUGACACUGCUGGUUCUAAGGGCAGUUCUACCACUGAACAAGAGGCACCCAGUACUCCUGGCCCAUCCAACAUUUUAACAGGAUCUAUAAUGUCUCCACCAAUACAACAGCCACAGGCCAGCGCCCCUAUGGAAGUUGAACAGCCAGACAAUAGUGAAAAGCAAUGUAACACAUCUGGUGUUGAUGUUGAUUCUGGCAUUGAAAACAUGGAAGUUGAAGAAUCAGAUAGAAAAGAUCCAGUCAGAUCGCGCACAACCAGCUCUAGUACCGAAGUCACAGUAGAACAGAUUCAUGCAAUAGUGUCGCGAGUACUUUGUGUUUCUUGGAAAGAGUCCACCGAAGGGAAUAUAUUUCUCCCACAAACAGCAGCUAAUGCACUUGAGCAUCAACUGGUGGAUGUCUCAGACAUAGCAAACUUGGCACUGAUGGAGGUUCUUUGUAUGUUUUCACGCGGUGAAGACCCGCUGAAAGAAAUUAACAUGGAUGUUUCUUCGGACAGAGAAGACAGUCCAAACAGUCAAGCUAGUCCAUUGCUCAGUCCUGUUGUGACUCUGCCGUCGUGUCCCUUAGCAGCACUUCCUGUUUCAAGUGGAAAAACCUCACAACCCCGAAGUCUCGUUUAUUUGCUAGAUUGCUAUUCCCGAGUCGCAACAGAGGAAAGAAAUCACCCGAAGAGAUCAAGCGUACCGCCAUUGUCCGAAGUUCUCGCCGUACUACGUGCCGAAUGCGUGCAGCAUGCAAGUUUGGUUCUUCAAGGAUUGAUAGGCGUCUACGAAACCUCGAAUUCCAUUAAUUCAACGAGUCCACUGUUGUAUCCAGUACUUUCCCAGGAGCUUCCUCGCGGUUUCCUGCACGAGCUGGUAGCCAGAACUCACUCCAAUCCACACACAUUCAACAAGAUAUUCACCCCACUCCUACAAGGACUUUACUUGUCGAUGCAACAAGGUAGUCUCGUGGGAAAUACACAUCGCAGACCUAUCGAAGCUCUGGAGGAGCUCAUAGAGAUUCGUUGCGGUCCCAGUGGAAAUUUACGUCCAAUAUGCCGUCUGAUUACUCAUCAGGUCCAAUUUUUGCCAGACGUCAUGACGACAGCAGUUGGCCGGGAGCUGGCACGAACUUCCUUCUUAGGUCCAUUCCUCUCAGUCUCGGUAUUCGCUGAAGAUCAACCGAAAGUCGCUGAAAAAUUUUUCAGCGGUAACCCAUCGACGGACAAAUCGAUGAAUUUGACUCUUCAGCAGGAACUAGAAAGCACCAGGACUUCGCUUCACAAGAUGCUCCAUGCCAUUUUGGCUAACAGCAAUUGUCGCGAAGCUACGCUGGCCUAUUUGGCUGCUCUCUUGAGACACAAUGAGAAACGCGCCCAAAUUCAGACCGAGGAAUUCGCCUUGGCCGGCGACGGUUUCAUGCUGAAUUUGCUAUCAGUGCUACAAAUGCUUUCGGUGAAGAUAAAACUGGACACUGUAGACACUCUGUAUCCCUUUCAUCCCUCUAGCUUUGUUGAGAUUAAAAACGAUACCAGGCUCAAAUUAAGUUCUCAGGAGGUUGCCGAGUGGAUCAAGGAACUUGAAAGCAAUUAUAAGUGGACCGAAGCGAAGUUCCCGACACAAUGUUGGUUUCUCACGUUACACUGCCAUCACGUUGCUCUCUUGCCGGCAUUACAGAAAUACCAACGAAGGUUGCGAGCGAUACGGGAACUCCAGAAGAUGGUCGAUGACUUGCAAAUGACGGAACCUCAAUGGAAGGAUGCGCCUUUUGCUGGACAGAACAAAGAACUGAUCAAACGAUGGAAGCAGCAAUUGAAGAGACUCGGGAAAUCCAAGGCUUGCGCCGAUGCUGGUCUCAUCGAUCCAAUUCUGCUAAGACGCUCCUUACAUUUUUACACAUCGGUUGCCGAAGUCCUCUUGAGUCUUCUUACUCAGACGUCACCUGGUAAUCAACUUCCUGAACUACCAUUGUCGCAAAAUGUACCUAACAAAUUCACUGCUCUGCCCGAGUGGUAUGUUGAAGACAUUGCCGAAUUUCUGUUGUUCGCACUUCAAUUUAAUCCUGGCGUAGUGGCGAACAACAUGGAUAAUUCUCUGAUCACCUGGCUGCUCGUUGUGAUAUGUACGCCGCACUGUAUUCGUAAUCCAUACCUCAUCGCCAAGAUCAUCGAGGUUCUCUACGUUAUAAAUCCCAGCGUUCAGGGAAGAACAAAGACUCUACACGAGCAGGUGAUGUCUCAUCCCAUAUCGAAAACUUUGCUUGCAUCUUACUUGAUGAAAUUCUACACGGACGUAGAAACGACAGGGUCGAGCUCAGAAUUCUAUGACAAAUUCUCAAUUCGCUAUCACAUCAGUCUGAUACUCAAAUCCAUGUGGGAUAGUCCAGUGCAUCGAGCAUCCAUUGUCAACGAGAGCAAUAAUGGCAAGCAAUUCGUCAAGUUCAUCAACAUGCUGAUGAACGACACGACUUUCCUCCUCGACGAGAGUCUCGAGUCCCUCAAAAGAAUUCAUGAGGUACAGGAACUAAUGUGGGACGUGAGUAGCUGGUCAGCCCUAUCCCAGGAACAGCAGCAGUCCAGAUCGAGACAGCUGACUGCUGACGAAAGGCAGGCUCGCUCUUACUUAACGCUGGCCAAGGAGACGGUGUCCAUGUUUCAUUACCUCACGGUCGACAUCACUGAACCCUUCCUAAGGCCAGAGCUCGUCGGUCGUCUUAGCGCCAUGUUGAACUUUAACUUGCAGCAGCUUUGCGGUCCCAAGUGCAAGAAUCUCAAAGUGAGAAAACCUCAGAAGUAUGGAUGGGAGCCAAGGACCUUGCUCAGUCAGUUGGUCGACAUUUAUUUGCAUCUUGACUGUGAUAACUUCGCUGCGGCAUUGGCAAGCGAUGAACGCUCCUUCUGCAAAGAGCUCUUCACAGACGCAGCCAACCGACUGGAACGUUCCAAUAUCAAGACAACCACGGAGAUCGAACGUUUCAUGGCUCUUGCCGAACGUGCGGCAGUGAUUGCGCGUGACAAUCGCGCUCGAGACGAGGAUUACGGGGAUGCCCCUGAGGAAUUCCGGGAUCCCUUAAUGGACACACUCAUGGAGGAACCGGUUAAGCUUCCCUCGGGUAUCGUGAUGGACAGGGCAGUCAUUGUGCGCCAUUUAUUGAACAGUGCUACAGACCCUUUCAGUCGGCAGCCCCUCAGCGAGGAUAUGCUCACUCCUGUACUGGACCUGAAAGAAAGAAUUUCCGCGUGGAAGCAGCAGAAGAAAAAAUCCGCAAACAUAUAAGUGGUGCUAAGUGAUAAUAACGUAUCAAAGUACGAAAUCGAAAUGAAAUAAUAGAACGCAUAUUGGAUGUGACAAACUAUAUUCAGUACGAAAAUAAAGACUUGCGGCAGCGAAGUGAGACCGGACAAGAGUGAAAAGUUGGUGGAAUAAAUAUGUGUGUGUGUAUGCGUGUAUGGAAGGAAUAUCGUGAAUUUGUGAGAAUCGGAUGAAUUAAGAGCGCGAGAGAAAGAGAGAAAAAGAAAUAGAAAACAAAGCGAAGAGCAAAAAUGAAAUAUGAAGAUAUGAUAAUUUUGCGAAAUGCGUACCGCACUGUGCUAGAGCGGUACGGAUAUAAUAAUGAGAGGCGCGUGCGGUAGAUGAACGCAGUGCAAUGAUCUCGCUAUUGUGCAACAAUUGCGCUCAAUAAAUUUACAGUUUUUAUACAAUAAUAAAUGAUCGACAGACUGCAGCUAGGGAACUGCCAAUAUUAACUCCGAGCACGCGAUAUAUAAGCAACUCGUUAAUGUACAUAAACAUGGUGGGACGCGAAGUUGGGAGGGAGGAACGUAAGAGAGAAGAAAACAUAAGAACGAGAGAAAAUGUUCUUGCGUCUAUUGUGAUAAGAGGACACCGACACAUAUUUUUUCUCUUUUUUUUCCCACGUUUCAAAAGUUAUCAUAGCGUCCUUAAUACGCUCCUUUGAUAAUUCUUCCAAACGACCUGGCUCGACUUCCACGCAUUCUUUCAACUUUCGCGUCCAUUUUUUCCUUUUUACUCGUUUAUUUUUUCUUGUCUUUACUAAUGGUCACCUGAAUUCUUGGAUUCCUGGACAAUGCAAUCAUGGCAUUUCUCGCGCGAAACUUCCAAAUUUUCAUGAAUCCUGCUCGUUCAUUAUCUUUUAUUAUUAGCACAUUUGUGCAUAUACAGAAUCGCCUGGAUCUUCUUGCGAUUAAUGCCAAAUGACUAGACAAUUUGCAGAAGCUGGAUGUCGCGUAGAUCCUGGCGAAUGAACAUUGUGUCGUGACGAACAGGAAUUGCAUUUAUCAGAAAUGGAUCGUCUUCGCAUGAAAUGAGAAUUCUCACAGCUUCCUUUUUACAAGCCAGAGCGUUUUUACGUUUAUCCUUUUCUUUUUUUUCUCUUAGAGCCGCUUCUGGUAACUUACGUUGCUUAUAUUCGGUAGUAAGUCGCUGAUUGACAUUCACUUCUUCUUGACAUUGUGAUAUAACGUCGUGCCAGUGUAAGUGAAUCGUAAAAGAAAUCCUUGUGAAAUUGUAAUAGGUUUCCUUUACGACAAGAAGAGGAUCUCUCGAUUGUGAGUGGGACUGAAUCCCAUUUCUAUGGAAAUAAAAAGACACUACUCACGCGCCAAUUGUAUAUAGUUUCCGAAUCGCAUUGUAAUAACAUAAAAAUGAAUUGGUCGAAUGUUGGAUGAAAUUCAAUGUGAAUCGUUCGAACACGACAGAACAACUUAUAGAGAUUGAGAAAAAAAAUACAUUAUAAUUAUCUGUAUAUAUUAUUCCUUAAAGUCGACGAAACUGAGCUACGGUCACUUCACAUUUACAUUUAUUGAAACAAAAUCGACGUACAUAAGAAAAAAAAACAGCGAGAAAAAAUAACGAGAAACGCCGUCGAGCAA